UUCCCUUCCUCGCUGGGAGAAGCGGCCGGACGCGCAGCCCGCCCCGCGCCUCCGGCAGCCCCGUCGGUCCCGAGUGGAGCUGCCGUCCUCGACCCCGACCCCGCUCCACCUGCCUCGGCUGGAUCCCUCGCUGCCGCCGGCCGGCCGGCCUUUCCCCCCCCCCGCUCCAAGCCGCCUGCCUUGCCCACCCCAGCUUGGCCAAGCGCGGUCCGGCUCGGCGCCCCAGUAAUGUUUGCUCAAGGCUGCGCUGGAAAGAGGGUUCCUGUUUUUCUACCCCACCCACAAAUUCCAGAUAUGCCCAGCGGCCGAAGGGGGGCAAGAGAAAAAAAGCAGCAGUGAGAGGGGUCUCACAAGCCCUGAUGGACCUCUGAGAGUUUGCAACCGGCCAGCUGGAAGAGCAUGGUUAAACACCAGCCACUCCAAUAUUACGAGCCCCAGUUGUGUUUGUCAUGCCUGACAGGAAUUUAUGGAUGCCGGUGGAAGCGAUACCAGCGGUCACAUGAUGAUACCACAAAGUGGGAACGCCUCUGGUUCUUAUUCCUCACUUUUUCUUUCUUCCUGACCCUGGUCUGGUUCUACUUUUGGUGGGAAGUUCACAACGACUACAAUGAAAUCAACUGGUUUUUAUAUAAUAGAAUGGGGUACUGGAGUGAUUGGUCCAUUCCUAUUUUGGUUACGACGGCUGCUGGUUUCACUUACAUCACAGCUUUAUUGAUUUUAGCGCUUUGUCACAUUGCUGUAGGACAACAGAUGAACCUGCAUUGGAUCCAUAAGAUUGGGUUAAUCACUACCUUGAUCUCGACUGUUGUUACAAUGAGUUGUGUAGCCCAGUUGUGGGACGAUGAAUGGGAUAUGGUGGUGAUAUCGUUGCAAGCAACUGCUCCUUUUUUACACCUAGGAGCCCUUGUGGCUGUCACGGCCCUGUCUUGGUUGGUUUCUGGACAAUUUGCAAAAGCCGAAAGAGCGGCUUCACAGCUGCUGAUGUUUGGGACCUACUUCGCCGUGGUCCUUGGGGUGUACCUGGUGCCCCUCACCAUCUCCUCCCCUUGCCUCAUGGAAAGGAAGGACCUGGGGCCCAGACCGGCCCUCCUUGGCCACCGGGGAGCCCCCAUGUUAGCACCUGAAAAUACACUGAUGUCCUUCCAGAAAGCAAUGGAAGAAAAGGUCUACGGUGUGCAGGCAGACGUGGUGAUAAGUUACGACGGAGUGCCUUUUCUUAUGCAUGAUCAGACUUUGCGAAGAACGACCAACGUCGAGGAAGUAUUCCCAGAACUAGCUUACGAUCAUUCCUCCACCUUCAACUGGACAGAUCUGGAAAGGCUAAAUGCAGGCAAAUGGUUCCUCAAGAAUGACCCCUUCUGGACAGUCAGCUCCCUUUCCCCGUCUGACUUCGUCAAAGCCGCCAAUCAGUCGGUCUGCAGACUGACCGAGAUGCUAGAGAUGGUCAAGGGCAACGCCACCGUCCUCUUGAACCUUCGAAGCCUGCCCGAAGACCACCCUUACUUCCGCACUUCGGUCAACGUCACCCUGGAAGCCAUCCUUGCCUCGGGCAUCCCUCAGCAGGCUGUGAUGUGGUUGCCCAGUCUGGACAGGCAGCUGGUUCGAGAAGCCGCCCCCGGAUUCCAACAGACCUGUGGGCAGAAGACAGAUGCCCAGCGGUUGAGAGACCAAGGUUUCCAGAUGCUCAACCUGAGAUACACCAAGGUCACCAGCCAGGAUAUCAGGGAAUAUGCCAGUGCAAACCUGAGCAUCAAUCUGUACAUCGUCAACGAGCCCUGGCUGUAUUCCAUCCUCUGGUGCAUGGGGGUUGAGUCGGUCACCUCGGACAAUUCACAUGUUCUCCGCCGGUUGCCUUCCCCCCUCUGGCUGAUGCCUCGGGACGAAUACCAUCUAAUCUGGAUAACAGCUGACCUCGCUUCCUUUGUCAUCAUUGUGGGGAUUUUUAUCUUCCAGAACUAUCACUUGAUCAGGUGGCGCUUUGGUAGCAUUCGCACCUACAACCCAGAGCAGAUCAUGCUCAGCGCCGCCGUCCGGCGGUCCAGCCGGGAUGUCAACAUCAUGAAGGAAAAACUCAUAUUUUCAGAAAUCAACAGCGGCAUGGAGGCGACGGAUGGGUUCUCCUUGUGUUCAGAAAACGGCUACGCCAACGAGCUUCUCACCCCCAUGGACCACCGGGAAGCGAAGCUGCGUAUUAACUGACGGAAGGAGGGGGGGCGGUGGGCAAGAUCUGGGGGGGGGGUUUCUGCGUGACUCUCCCAGGGGCUUCCUUAUUAGCACAACGAGGAAGAGUCGGUGCUCCUUUGUCAAAACUGCCGACGCAACAAACUUUGUGAGGGCGGCCUGGAGCCUCUCUGGAAACUGAAGCUGGGCUGGGUUUCAUUAUUAUUAUUAUAAUUAUUUUGUAAAGUUUCUCCCUUUUUUGCUGACCCUUUUCCUGCCUGCUGUGGGCAGCGGGAACCGGCCCAUAGGCCAGAAGCAAGUGGGACCCCCCCUGGCUGGACCACGAGCUGAGAUGCUGGCCAGGUCAGCAAGGAAGGACCUCCCCAUGACCCCCCCACCCCACCUACUUCUCGAUUCCUUUCUUUGGGACAGCGAUGGUUAGCUGACUUUAUUUAAAGAUGUAUGUUGUGAAA